CGCACGACGCGCGUCAGCGCCGGCGCCUCGGCAAAUAACCUCAUUCUGCAUACAGGCUGUUAUAUAGUGGCUCUUCUCCUCUUGAAUUUGAGAUAGCGGUACAAGUGUGAGUCACAGUUCAAGGACCACCAUGGCUGCACUGUCGGGGGGUGAGACGUGCAUCAAAUACCUGAUGUUUGCCUUUAACCUGGUGUUCUGGCUCGCCGGCACUGCUGUAUUAGCUAUAGGACUGUGGCUAAGAUUAGACCAGAAGACCAAAAGCUUAUUUGAAGAACCAGAUUCUUCAUAUGUGUUUUACACAGGUGUAUAUAUUCUGAUAGCAGCUGGAGCACUGAUCAUGGUGGUGGGCUUUCUGGGAUGUUGUGGUGCCAUCCGGGAGUCCCCCUGUAUGCUGGGAACGUUCUUCUUCUUCCUGCUAAUCAUAUUUGCCAUUGAGGUAGCUGCUGGAAUCUGGGGAUUUUCUAACCAAAGCCAGGUGGUGAAUGAUAUCACAGGAUUUUACACACAGACGUACAACAACUACAAGUCAAAUGGAGACGAGCACCUCAAAGAGACACUGCGGGUGAUUCAAGCUGAGCUGAACUGUUGUGGUCCAAAUGGGAGGUUAGAGGAAACAAACACAGAAACUUGUCCAAAGGGGGAGCUGCUGGAGGAGCUCAUUACUAAGAGCUGCCCUGAUGCCAUUGAAGAGGUGUUUAACUCCAAAUUGCACAUCAUAGGAGGAGUAGGCAUUGCCAUCGGGGUCAUUAUGGUGUUUGGGAUGAUCUUUAGCAUGCUCCUGUGCUGCGCCAUCAGGAGGUCCAGGGAGGUGGUGUGACACCCUCUCGAAGUCCUCAUUAAUGUUGCAUGAUGUCAUUCCUAGAGUCCCACGACUCUCCACUGCCAGUAGAAACACUGCUCGUUAAAGGGGGGGAUAAACUAAGCUUAGGCUGGGUGCACAUAUUUCUGAUUGCAUUAUACGUCAGCCUUAUCUGUGCUGCUGAUGCUUAGGCCCACUUUCCUGGACUAGAUAGCUGUUAUGUGGUUAUAAGGCCCAAUUUUAAAAUGGGUGUCAUCUGUUAUUCAGUGGCAGUGUAGUAAAAAGAAAUGUGUACUUUUGUGGUGAUUUGACUGAAAUUAGUGUGUGAACAGCUAAUUAUCUAAACAAAACAUGAUACUAUUGUAUACUGAUAACAUUUCUAUUGCUGUCACUUGGGGUCAUCUACUAGCAAGAACAUGGUCCAGAUAUAAAAAAACAAACACAAAAAAGCAAACACUUCUGCACAACACAGCCACAGCAGUUUUACAGUUCCUUUUUUCAUGCAACUUCUUAAGUAAAAUUAAGGUGACGAGUAGCCAGCUGAAUACCGAGCUGUUAACUUUAAGCUAGAGUAGCAUCUUGAUUCCUUUAUUUUCAUGACAUUUGAUUUGUUCCUGGUCCUUAUCCUGAUUUGUGUUUGUAAAUGUUUUCCUUUUUGUAUUUGUAAGAUUUCUAAUGUUAGCUGUUUAUAUUUUUACGUGCAGUUUGACGAUUCAUUUUGCAGUGUUCUCUUCAAUUUAGAGAUUGAUUUAUAUCAUAUGCACUGUUUCACAGAGACAAAAUUUAACAAUAAGCGCCAAAUAAACUAAAAUGUACUGAGUCGA